AUAAGACACGGCUCUGAAGUCCCCCUCGAAGGAUCGCGGAGCUGAGUGCAAGAGCAGGAUACACUUUUCCAGUCGGCACUAUAAAUUGUAACAUGGACGUGGAAGUCGCAGUGAGUUUUCCCCGCCGUUCCGUUGGCUCCCGCAGACUCGAGCCGGUUACAGUUUACCCCACCUAGCUUGGCGUACAUAUGCCUGGGUGGGUUCGCGGUGGUGGUAUGUCCAUUUUGCAUAUCGAUACCUUCUGAUAGUCAACACUGGCAAUUCAAUAUUCCAUCAUUCGCUGCCUCACACGCUUUUUGCAUGGUUGCUCCCCAUUUGUCCAGUUCUCUAUGAUAUCUCUCCUGGUCAAGGAAACGCUUUACAUCAAUGAAGUCAUUCUUGGCACCGCUUUUGGCGUACUCAUAGGCCCUUACGGUUUUAAUGCGUUUGAUCCCAGGUCCUGGGGCACUCAGCAGGAUGAAAUCACCCGAGAGGUGAUGAGGCUAAUACUCGUUUCUGGCCUGUUUGCUGCUGGCAUCGAAUUACCGCGUGCCUACAUGAAGGAGCAUGCAAAGGGUUUACUCAUCAUGGUCGUGCCUACCAUGGCAUUUGGCUGGUUCGUCGUUGCAGUGAUACUUUGUGUUCUAUUUCCCCAGCUGCACCAGAGCUCGGCACUCUGCAUCGCUGCGUGCCUUACACCGACAGAUCCGAUUACCUGUGUUGCUAUCACUCGCGGAAAAUUUGCCGAAAAGCACGUCCCCGAGCCCAUACGUGAUAUUUUAACCGCAGAAGCUGCGGCGAAUGACGGCCUUGCGUAUCCGUUCCUCGGCAUUUCCAUGUAUCUAUUGGUCGAUACAGUUGGAGUUGCGAUAGGGAAGGGAUUUGUCAUUGGAUGGCUUUAUGAAGUCUUGUUUGGCUCCUUCCUGGGAUCGAUCAUUGGGCUGCUGUUUUCUAAGCUAAUGAAGCUCAGCCAUGGCAAAGAUUUCGUUGAUCGAGAGUCCUACAUCGCACAAUAUCUUGCUCUAGCAAUCCUUACCACUGGAAUCACGAGUAGUCUUGGCGCAGAUGAUCUCCUCGCCUCCUUCGCAGCAGGUAAUUUGGAUGAGAAAGCCUGGCGAAGGGCUAAUUCGCUGGAUAUUCCAGGCUGCGCAGUUGCGUGGGAUGGUCACUUCAAGGAACAAACACAAACUGAAGGCGACACAUUUGCAUCUGUCAUUGAUUGUAUCCUGAACUGUUGUUGUUUCAUUUACAUCGGUGCUUGGUUGCCAUUCAGUUCCUAUAACUCUGCAGAGCUUGGCAUCACUCCGUGGCGCCUGGUUGUCCUCAUGAUAGGCAUCCUUCUUUUCCGCCGCAUCCCACCUUUGUUACUGCUGUACAGGUUCGUGCCUGAAAUAUCCUCUUGGAAAGAAGCACUAUUCUCGGGACACUUUGGGCCGAUGGGCGUGAGUGCCGUGUUCGUUUCGACCAUGGCUCGCACACGUCUCCCGCUCCCCGCUGGUUCCCCAGAAAAUCAGCAGCAAAUGUUGGCUGCGACCAUCGAGCCCAUCGUGUCAUUUGUAGUCCUCGGUUCUAUCAUAGUCCAUGGUCUCUCCAUACCAUUUUUUAAUGUGGGCAAAGUGUUUGCAAGAAGCGUGUCUAUUACUUCGCUCAGCAACCGCGGUGUUGAUGACUUAGAAGCGAGCGGAAAGACUAAAGGCUCCAGCAAUGGCGGAUUAGUAGUGCUUGACAAUAGUGGUGUUUGGCCCCCGCCUGUUACCACGAGCAGAGAACGAGCCGCUACUUGUCGGGACCCCGCAGAUGGUGGAAUGACCGUUUCUGUUGGACGUACGAAGGUCGACAACGUAUCUAAGUUCAGCUGACAAAACUCAAUGACUACUUCUGAGAACCCGGGUGACGACAUCCCUUUUUGGCGCAUGCAUACCCGGGUCUAUGUCAUGGCAUAUGUUAUCCACUUGCAGAGACCUUCCGUUCGUAGUCGAGUAAUCAUCCUUACGCCUUGUUUGUCCCUGACGCUAGACUGCAAUCUAUGUAUUUAUACGUUUGUCUCAAU